AUGUGGUGGUUUUUAGCAGCAGCAUGGUGUUUGCUUCUUCCUGGACCCGUACAUGGCUAUCAGCAAGGGAGCAUCACAAAUCCAGAAGCCAAUAUGAACAUUGUAUGUAUUUUCCUUCCUCCCUUUCAGAGUCAACUUAUUUCUUACUGGGGCUAUCCUUAUGAAAAGUAUGAUGUUGUAACAGAGGAUGGUUAUAUCCUUGGAACUUACCGGAUUCCUCAUGGCAAAGGAUGUUCAAGGAAAACAGCUCCGAAGGCAGCUGUGUAUCUGCAGCAUGGAUUAGUUGCAUCUGCCAGCAACUGGAUUUGCAACUUGCCCAACAACAGCUUGGCUUUUCUUCUGGCUGAUAGCGGUUAUGAUGUGUGGUUGGGGAACAGCCGAGGAAACACCUGGUCCAGAAAACACCUGAGAUUGUCCCCUGAGUCACCUCAAUAUUGGGCCUUCAGUUUGGAUGAGAUGGCUAAAUAUGAUCUUCCAGCCACAAUAAAUCUAAUCUUGGAGAAAAGUGGACAGAAGGAGCUCUUCUAUGUGGGCCACUCACAGGGUACCACUAUAGCGUUCAUAGCAUUCUCGACAAAUCCAGAACUGGCUAAAAAGAUUAAGUUGUUUUUUGCACUCGCUCCAGUGGUCACAGUAAAAUACACUAGAAGUCCCAUGAAAAAAUUAACCACCCUUUCCAGGCAAGCUGUCAAGGUAUUGUUUGGUGACAAAAUGUUCUCCACUCACACAUUGCUUGAACAUUUCAUUGCCACCAAAGUGUGCAACCGGAAGAUAUUCCAGCCUAUAUGCAGCAAGUUAAUGUUUUCUCUAAGUGGAUUUGAUCGCCCAAACUUAAACAUGAGUCGCUUGGAUGUUUAUAUGGCACAAAACCAUGCAGGAACAUCUGUUCAGAACAUGCUGCACUGGGCACAGGCUGUCAAUUCUGGUCAACUCCAAGCUUUUGACUGGGGCAGUCCUGACCAGAACAUGAUGCAUUUCCAUCAGCUUACACCUCCUGUAUACAACAUCACCAAGAUGAGGGUUCCAACAGCAAUAUGGAGUGGAGGACAGGAUGUUGUGGCAGAUGCCAAGGACACUGAAAAUCUGCUCCCUAAAGUCACCAAUCUUAUCUACUACAAGGAGAUUCCACACUACAAUCACUUGGAUUUUUACCUUGGACAGGAUGCACCCUGGGAAGUUUACCAAGACCUAAUUAGAAUGAUGGAAGAAUACUUGCAAAAUUGAAGGCACCCUCUUUCUGCAAGUGGAUGAAUGUCUUGCAGUAAUCAUGAUAUAGACUGACCCUAUGGUUACCUGGAUAGUUCUCAACUUGUAUUUUCCCCUCCUUUUUGUGAGGAAGAGAACUGAGUGUUCUUAGAGAGAGACCCAUGCUUGGAACAUCAUUUAAUCUUAAUUAUGCUUACUUUGGAGGUUAGUAAUUCAACUUCUGAAUUUAAGAAGAGUAAACAUUA